AUGCACUUUGUGUUCCAAGUUCUGUUGUGCCAGAGGGACAUGGGUGUGGUGACAUGGAAAUGUGGCCGCAACAGGGACACCAUGCGGGCUACACAACAUUACUCUCGUAAGGGAUCCGAGGACUUCCCAGGGGCGGGGUCUGUCCUCAAAAAGCGCUUCCCGAGCUCCUGUCGCUACAGCCCUCGGGACCGCAUGAGGAACCUCUUCAUCGCAUUGUCUUGGAUGUGUUUACUCUUAAACCCAUGCGGGGCCCAGGGUGUGCAUGAAGACAAGCCGAAUAUUCUCCUGAUUAUCACGGAUGAUCUUGGGAUCGGUGACUUGGGCUGUUUUGGCAAUGACACGGUGAGGACGCCUAACAUCGACCGCUUAGCCAGGGAAGGUGUGCAGCUGAAACAGCACAUCGCUGCAGCGUCCUUGUGCACCCCAAGCCGGGCUGCCCUCCUCACGGGAAGAUACCCCAUCCGAUCAGGAAUGGUUUCUAAUAAAGUCAGUCGUGUGAUCCACACACUCGGAGCUCCUGCUGGACUCCCUCGCAACGAGACAACGUUUGCAGCCUUACUGAAGGGGCAAGGGUACAGUACCGCACUGAUAGGCAAAUGGCAUCAAGGCUUAAACUGUGAUUCCCGACAUGACCACUGCCAUCACCCAUAUAAUUAUGGGUUUGAUUACUUUUAUGGCAUGCCGUUCACUCUGAUUGAAAGUUGCUGGCCGGAUCCUUCGCGGGACACGGAAUUAGCCAUCGGGAGCAAAAUCUGGCUCUGCGUGCAGCUGGUCGCCAUUGCUGCAGUCACAGCUGCCUUGGGGAAACUGAGUGGCUUGAUCUCUGUCCCCUGGUCCUUCAUCUUCUCCAUGGUUCUUUUUAUUUUUCUGCUGGGCUACUUGUGGUUCUCUAGUUACAGAUCAUCUCUGUACUGGGAUUGCCUGCUCAUGCGCGAGCAAGAGAUCACUGAACAGCCGAUGAAGGCAGAGCGGGCUGGUUCCAUCAUGCUGAAGGAGGCGAUUUCGUUUAUGGAAAGGCACCGCGAAGGACCCUUCCUCCUCAUGUUCUCCUUUCUGCACGUACACAUACCGCUCCCCACGACCACCGAGUUCAUGGGCACCAGCCAGCAUGGCCGGUACUGCGACAACAUCCAGGAGAUGGACUCCAUGGUGGGCAAGCUUCUCGAUGCCAUCGAUGAUUUCGGUGUGACGAACAACACUCUCGUCUACUUCACAUCGGACAAUGGUGGGCAUUUGGAGGCACGGGCGGGCCACGUCCAGGUCGGGGGAUGGAACGGAAUAUACAAAGGUGGGAAAGGCAUGGGCGGCUGGGAAGGUGGAAUUCGCGUCCCGGGGCUGGUCCGUUGGCCGGGAAGACUACCAGCUGGGAAAGUGAUUGAGGAACCGACAAGUUUGAUGGACGUUUUCCCCACGCUGGCGGCCGUGUCAGGAAGCACGGUCCCUCACGACAGGGUGAUCGAUGGCCAGGACCUCAUGCCGUUGCUUCAGGGAGAUGUGGAGCGCUCGGAGCAUGAGUUCUUGUUUCACUACUGUGGUUUGUUUCUCCACGCCGCACGCUGGCAUCCAAAGGACAGCGAGGCUGUGUGGAAGGUUCACUACGUGACGCCUGUGUUCCAGCCGCCAGGAGCUCAAGCCUGCUAUGAGACCCUCUACUGCCGGUGUUCGGGAAAGCUCGUCACCUACCACGACCCUCCUCUGCUCUUUGACAUCACCAGGGACCCCUCCGAGUCUACGCCUCUGACGCCGGACACGGAGCCCUUGUACAACGUGGUGAUCCAGACGGUGGCCAACGCCGUGAAGGAACACAAGAAGAGCAUCACUCCCGUGCGGAUGCAGCUUUCAGACUUGAAUCGGGAUAACAUAUGGAUCAAGCCUUGCUGCGCAGUGUUCCCAUUUUGCCUGUGUGACAAGGAAGAGAACACGAUCUCCAUGGGAGCAUGA